AAUAACAAACACAGCAAUGGUGCCUUAAGAGAGGACGGUCGGACGGCAGCUCCUCACCGGCUCCUUCUCACGGCUUCUCGGGAGAACUGUUUGAUUUGGAAAUCUAUGUUGGCUCUCCGGAAUAUGAAAUUUGGCAUAUUCCUUUUGUGGUGGGGAUGGGUUCUGGCUGCUGAGAGCACAGUGCACUGGCCAGGAAGAGAAGUUCAUGAGCCCUCUAGGAAAGGCAGCAGACCUCAGAGACAGAGACGAGGUGCACACGACGAUGCCCACAAGCAAGGCAGCCCCAUUCUGAAACGAAGCUCUGACAUAACCAAGUCGCCUCUCACCAAGUCAGAGCAGCUGCUCAGAAUCGAUGAUCACGACUUCAGCAUGAGGCCUGGCUUUGGAGGCCCGGCCAUCCCUGUGGGUGUGGACGUGCAGGUGGAGAGUCUGGACAGCAUCUCCGAGGUGGACAUGGACUUCACCAUGACCCUCUAUCUGAGGCACUACUGGAAGGACGAGAGGCUGUCUUUUCCCAGUACCAACAACCUCAGCAUGACGUUUGACGGCCGACUUGUAAAGAAGAUAUGGGUUCCCGACAUGUUCUUUGUGCACUCCAAACGCUCCUUCAUCCACGACACCACCACAGACAACGUCAUGUUGCGGGUACAGCCAGACGGGAAAGUGCUGUACAGCCUCAGAGUUACGGUGACAGCGAUGUGCAACAUGGACUUCAGCCGGUUUCCCCUGGACACACAGACCUGCUCCCUGGAAAUCGAAAGCUAUGCCUACACAGAAGACGACCUCAUGCUGUACUGGAAGAAAGGCAAUGACUCCUUAAAGACAGAUGAGAGGAUCUCUCUCUCUCAGUUCCUCAUUCAAGAAUUCCACACCACCACAAAACUAGCCUUCUACAGCAGUACAGGCUGGUACAACCGUCUGUACAUCAACUUCACUCUGCGUCGUCACAUCUUCUUCUUCUUGCUCCAAACCUACUUUCCUGCCACCCUCAUGGUCAUGCUGUCCUGGGUGUCCUUCUGGAUCGACCGCAGAGCUGUGCCUGCCAGAGUCCCCUUAGGCAUCACCACGGUGCUGACCAUGUCCACCAUCAUCACGGGCGUGAACGCCUCCAUGCCCCGAGUGUCCUACAUCAAAGCCGUGGACAUUUACCUCUGGGUCAGCUUUGUGUUCGUGUUCCUCUCGGUGUUGGAGUACGCAGCUGUCAACUACCUGACCACAGUGCAGGAGCGGAAGGAACGGAAGCUUCGGGACAAGAUCUCCUGCACCUGUGGGCUGCCCCAGCCUCGAGGGGUGAUGCUGGACAGCAGCUACAGUGACGGGGAGGUGAACGACCUGGGUGGCUACAUGCCUGAGAACGGAGAGAAACCCGACCGGAUGAUGGUGCAGCUGACCCUGGCCUCCGAGAGGGGCUCCCCGCAGAGGAAAAGCCAGAGAGGCAGCUACGUGAGCAUGAGGAUCAACACCCACGCCAUUGACAAAUACUCCAGGAUCAUUUUCCCAGCCGCUUACAUUUUAUUCAAUCUGAUAUACUGGUCAAUUUUCUCUUAGAUAGAUGUGAUUGUGUAAAUCUCAGCAGGCACCACAGAAGUUGCUGUAAAAAUGAGAAUGAUGGUUUAAAGCCAUUCCAGCUCCUACCUGGGUUUUCACUGUCCCCUGUUCAGCUCUCCAAAGCUGCACCGACAAGACACCUUGUUUUUGCACUUAUUAAGUAUCAGUUGUCUACACAGCAGUAUACUAGGCGUUGCAGGACGUUGCCAUGAUAGUAACUGAUGUUAGCUGCUCCCAGAUCCCAGGAAGAGCACAGAGGCCACAUGUGGACAUGCUGUGGUCCAGGGCCAGAGCUCUGGAUGCUUUUCACAUCGAGGGGUUUCUACGUCGGUGGACCAUGUUCUUUAGACUGGUAGAUCUGGGAAGGACCUAAAUAAAACUCAUCUGCAUUGGGCUCACAGGCACACAAACUCCCACGGCUGAAAGGCCAGGCUUCGUCUGUCUCUGCACCUGCUCCACAUCCCCAUACUUAAUGGAAGGCAGUGGCGCUCACAGGGUUCUUUUCCACAAGCUGCAUGGCUCUCUCCUUCUAAGAAAUGCCCUUUACAUGGCUGAAAUGUCCCUAGUAGACUUUGAAGAUAGAGACACAUGGAUCAUUUCGUCUGUUUUGAGGGGGCGACAAAGCUAGAGAACCGUGUCCCUUUCCACGCCUUCUAGUCACCGUUUCCCUCCUCUCUACCACAGAGCAGGUGCUUUCUUCAAAAUAAAGUCUUUUCUCGGUCGCAUGACAUCAUCACUGACUGAGGCGCUUGAAGAGGUAUUCAUUUCUUCUGCAUAGUCAGCAUUUCAAGAAAAGUUGAGGCCAUUUCUAACUCAUGGGAAUGAGAAGCAAACUGUUUCUUAAGAGAAAAUAACAUUGAAAAACAAAAGAAACAGACAGACAUCUUCAUUUCUGUUCAGCGAGUGCUGUCUGGGAACUAGAAAGCAAUUAUCUUCUAGACUGAGCAUCCCAUAGGCCGGAUAAGCUGGCCCAUAGCAACUGAUGUCAGCCAUGGGUUGUAAUUUGAUGUAUUGUUUUAAAACAGAAGCCUCUAUAGUCUUUUCUAGAAGAUAAAUAGCAACCCCAGCCAAACUUGCUCGAACAGUAUUGAGCAGUAUGUCAUUUGCUCUGGGCCACGUCUUUCACUCAGAGAGACAACUACUUAGCAUCUGCCACAUCCCAGCGGCCAUUGAAGCAUCUUAACCAAGUCCUGGCCCAUUUAGUUGUGGUUGUGUUCAGAUUUCAGUGAGAGAAUCCCAGGAGAAACAUAAAUGAUAAUUUAAUAUUGUGGAACAUAUGGUUAAUAAAUAUAGAGGAGGUCUAAGAGACCUGUCCAGGGGCAACCAUCCUCUGUGCUGCGAAACCUAUCUUCAUAUAUGUCCUUAUAGCUCCCAUCAUUUCAAGGUUAACUUAAGGGAUCAAUACUAAAUAGUAUCAUACACAUGGCUAUUCUUUACUCUGAUCGUAAAAAGAGCUAUUUGCAAAUUCCUACUUAGAAGACAGCCUCUAGUCUCCCCCAAUAAAAGGUCAUCAAAAGCUUUUAUCAAACUCAAGUGGUAGACUUAGAGGGAUAAAUUAAGUAAUUAUCAUUGAUUUUCAAAAUGACCGUUCGUUUUGCAAGCAUGGUUUGCCCAUGUACUUGGGAAGUGGAAUUGGGAGGGUCUGGAGUUCAAAGCUAGCUUUGCUUUACGGCAUAUUGGAGGCAAGCAUGGGCUAUGUGAGGUUUAAAAAGGUUGGCUUUUCAUUUUUAUUUUAUGAAACAUUUACCAUCAAAGCCAACAACUUUGCCAUUGUCUUCUUCCUCACCACUAAGGCCACUGAGCUGUCUAGGUUUCCAGAGCUUGUAACUAAGCCCUUUGUACUGUUUGGGACACUCCACCAUUUGAGCCAGUGUGUAGAAUGCUCUCCUAGCCUGCUAACCUGCUAUAUUGAAGACCACAGACUGGAUGGCUUAAUCAACAGAGAUAUAUAUUCUCACAGUUCUAGAGACUGAUGUCCAAGGUCAAGGUGCUGGCCGAUGCAGUUUCCCCAGAGGCCUGUCUUGCUGUCUUUCCAAUAGCCACUUUCUUGAUACAUCCUUGCCUUCUUUCCUCUGUAGCAACAACCUCUGUCUAGAUCCCUUUCUCCCUAGUUACAUUGUAUCAGGGCCCACAUCCAUGGCCUCAUUUAACCUUAGUUACUUCUUUAAAAGCCUUGUCUCAAAACCAUUUGCUCUUUAGCAUCUCCUCCAAGUUCUUCAUCUUGGGAAGCUCCUUAGGACUUAGGAGGUACUUAAAGAAGGUGAUGCUGUCCAUCCCACAGGGAAGAAGCCUGUUCAGGUUAAGCUCAGGAAACAAAUAACAAAUUCAGGAAGUCCCUGAAACUGAUAAGCUAUCACACACACCCCCACGUAUAUACAAACAAUAAGAACUGCUGAGAGUCACUUUUAGAUAAUCCAAGAUUUCUGGAAGAGACAAAGACCAGCCAAGCUGCCUAGAAGGGACAGUUCCAACCCAUCUAGCUGCCUGCAAGUCAUGCUGAGAGCUCCAGAUUUCCAGCUAUGGGAGCUGUCACCCACGAUGGGGCAGGCUUUUGUAAUGAAACUGUCUUUGAGUCAUUUCUGCACCUCUAAAUAACCCCAAUAAAGCUCAUUGGUUCAUCAUGUUGGA